CAUAACCUAAUUGAUGUUUCGAAACAACUAAUUUCUCAAGCAGAGCAAUGUUCAACAAUAGUGUAAAUGUAAUUUUCACGAUUUAAUUUUUUCCAAGUAUAACUUUGUUUUGUGAAACAACAAAAUGGCCAACGACAGAGAAGUGCUUCGAGAAAUAUGGGAAGGCAAAAUCCCUGUUUGUUUCCAACUUGAUCCAGAAGAAGUUUAUGAUCUUCAAGCUCCUGAUCCGUUUUAUUUAAUGGUGCCGCGUUUAAGCUAUUUUCCACUUUGUACUGAUAAAGUCAGAAAACAUUUUAUGCGCCAUGUGCAACAGGACAUUCAGGAAAAACAAGAAACUGAGAUGUGGUUUGAGUUCAAUGGCACACCUUUAAAAUGGCAUGUUCCCAUUGGGGUACUUAUGGACCUAUAUCGUAAUGAUAUACAAUUGCCAUGGAAUAUCGUAGUUCAUUUUGACAAGUUUCCUGAAGAUGUCUUGAUGCAUUGCCAUAAUAAAGAAGUUGUAGAGGCACAUUUUCUUGCUUGUAUCAAAGAAGCAGAUGUGUUAAAACAUCGAGGUCAAGUAGUGUCAAAUAUGCAAAAGAAAGAUCAUAAUCAACUAUGGCUUGGUCUGCUUAAUGACAAAUUUGAUCAGUUUUGGGCUGUGAAUCGUAAGCUGAUGGAAGCUACAAGUGAUGAGGGUUUUAAAUAUAUACCAUUCAGGUGUUAUACCAGUGAGGAAAAAUACAUUCAAAAACUAGUGAAACCGGUGACAGAAGAAGGACAAAGAAAAACUUUGAAGCACUUACUCAAUGAAGUUUUUCCAGAUAUGGAACAAGUUAUUGUGCAUACACAUGGAAUCAUUCCACCACUUGAUACUCCUUUGCAGUGGCUUUCAGAGCAUCUGAGUUAUCCAGAUAAUUUUUUACAUUUGGUGCUAGUGACGUAACAAAUGUUACAAAAGUAGUGUACAUUGUUUUCUUUAUUGUAUCCUAUUGAAGUACAAUAACUGUCAUGGUGUUUAAAACGCUUUUCAAACUGAAAUUCAAGAAGAUUAUGUUCAGAAAGAUAUUUUUUCUUUUUUUUUAUUUGCUACGUGGUAUAUAUCUAUUGGUAUAUCUAUUCAUUUUAUAUGUGAACCUAGUUAUUUAAUUAAAUUAUUUGUAUAGUUAUUUUUUACAUUGAAAAGAAUUUGCUAUUUUGGUUACUUCUUCUAAAAAAGUAUUGAAAUCAUUUUUGUUAGUGCAAUAAGGUAUGAGUAUAUUAAUCUUUUUCAAAGAAUGAUAUUUCGUGAAUCGUAAAUGUGUGAAAAGCAAAUUCCAUUCGAGGUAAUAGCUUAACAAUGUAUAAUAUACGAUGAUCACGUAUGAUUCAAUGUAAAUUUCUUUUAUGUACAUACUAAUUUUAUAAAGUAUGCAUAAAAAUGGUAAACUUUAGAAGGUUUGCAAUGACGCGAGUCAUCAAUGAAAAAUGUUACAUAGUAUACACGUUUUAUGUUCGUCGUAAGUUAAGUGUAUUAAUGAUAUUAUCUGUUUUUUUCUUUUUGUUUUUGUUAUUUAUUUUAUUCCCUAUAAGAGAGAAAGAGAGACGAAUGUGCCCAAUGUAUGAAAAAAGUAACAGGCUACACAUAUUUGUAUAGAGCAAGAGAGAGAGAGAGAGAGAGAGAGAGAGAGAGAGAGAGAGAGAGAGAGAGAGAGAGAGAGAGAGAGAGAGAGAGAGAGAGAGAGAGAGAGAGAGAUAUUGAAAGAA